CACCACCACCAUCCUCAUCGCCGCCCCUGCUGCUCUAGUAAUUGAUGUUAUGGAGAAGAAAGCGAGCGAGGGAUUCACAGUUUAUACAUUCUCCCUACUAACAUCCUAAAGCAUGAAGGAAAUCCGGUAGGCACUUUACUCAAACAAAAAAAGAGAGAGAGAGAUUAAUCUGGUUGGUUUACAGAUUUUUUUUUCAUUGUCCCAUGGGAGAAAAGAAACGCACGAAUUUAACAUGAAGAGAAUAACGGGGAAGACGAAAGAAGCCACUUUGAUAGAAAUGUCCAACACGCUGGAUUCUCAGAUUGAAGGUAAUAAUGGCAGUAUUAACUCCAUCUCUGACCGAGGGACACAGCUGCCUGGUCACCGGGAGAUAGACAAGUUUGGACAGAACAGGGACUCUGUGUACUUCAAGGAUGGUGUUCGGCACAUCGAUUUUGUCCUGUCCUACGUUGACGACAAGGAUGGAGACAAGAAAGCGGAGAGAAGAAGAGAGUUUGAAGCCAACCUGGAGAAGGCUGGUCUUGAGCUGGAGGCUGAAGAUAAAUCGGAGUCAGAUGACCGUAAGACGUAUUAUCUGAAGAUUCACGCUCCGUGGGAAGUGUUGGCCACCUAUGCUGAUGUGCUAAAGAUCAAAGUGCCCUUUAAAGCGAGUGAUAUUCCCAAAGCUCGAGAAGUUCCUCUGGAGUGGCUCACUCAACCUUUCCGGCUGCCACACAAUGUCAUGAGGCCAGAGCCGGACUACUUCACUGCACCUUUUGACAAGAGCAAGGUCGAAUUCUUCCUCAUUGAUGAUAAGGACACAUUUUUCCCCCCCUCCACUCGCAACAGGAUCGUAUACUACAUUCUGACCCGCUGCCCUUACUACAAGGAAGACCGUAAAGAGAAAGAUAAGACAGGAAUUAAACGUCUGCUGAAUAACGGCACCUACACUUCAGCUUAUCCCCUUCAUGAUUGUAAGUAUUGGAAGAAGGCACAAGACAUGCAGUGUGAGAGUGAGAGGUAUCAUCUGUAUAAAAACUGGGCUCGAUUCCUCUGCUUCUACAAGAAGCAACCACUCAAUCUGAUCAAGAAGUACUAUGGUGAGAAGAUUGGUAUCUACUUUGCCUGGCUGGGCUUUUACACAGAAAUGCUGUUUUUUGCUGCAGUCAUGGGUGUGAUCUGUUUUGUUUAUGGCGUGCUUAGUUACGAAGACAACAUCACAAGCAAGGAGAUCUGUGACCCAGAAAUCGGUGGGAUGAUUGUCAUGUGUCCACUCUGUGAUAAAAAGUGCAGCUACUGGAAACUCAACUCAACAUGUCUGUCCUCCUGGCAAUCCCAUCUAUUUGAUAACGAGGGGACUGUCUUCUUUGCCAUGUUCAUGGGUAUUUGGGUGACCCUGUUCCUGGAGUUUUGGAAGCGGCGGCAGGCCCGUCUGGAGUAUGAGUGGGACCUUGUGGACUUUGAGGAGGAACAGCAGCAGCUACAGAUCAGACCAGAGUAUGAGUUGAAAUGCUCAGGCCGUAGACUCAACCGCAUCACGCAGGAAACGGAGCCUUAUCUUCCUUUCCCCAGCAAGUGUGCCCGAUUCUGUCUGUCUGGAGCAACUGUUCUCUUUUGGACGUGUCUGAUAGUGGCCUGUAUAAUGGGAGUGAUCGCUUACAGAUUGGCAGUUUAUGCAGCGUUUGCCAGCGUCAUGAAGGACAGCCCCACCAGUAAGAUCCAGCUGGUGGGCUCUCUCAUCACCCCUCAACUUGCCACUUCUGUCACUGCUUCCUGCAUCAACUUUGUCAUUAUCCUCAUCCUCAACUUCCUCUAUGAGCAUGUGGCCAUUUGGAUCACUGAUAUGGAGAUCCCCAAGACCCAUUUGGAGUAUGAGAAUAAGCUGACCAUGAAGAUGUUUAUGUUCCAAUUUGUGAACUACUACUCUUCCAGUUUCUAUGUGGCCUUCUUUAAAGGGAAGUUUGUGGGUUAUCCGGGAAACUACAGUUAUAUGUUUGGAAAGUGGAGCAAGCUGAGAAAUGAAGAGUGCGCCCCUGGGGGCUGUCUGAUUGAGCUGACCACACAGCUGCUUAUCGUAAUGGCUGGAAAACAAAUGGUUGGGAACAUUCAAGAGGCUCUGUUGCCCCUUUUCAGAAACUGGUGGGGCAGCAGGAAAGGGCGAAGUCAUCCAGAGAGUACAUACAGUAGAUGGGAGCAGGACCACAAUCUGCAGAACUUCAGCCAGUUUGGACUCUUCUAUGAGUAUCUGGAAAUGGUGAUCCAGUUUGGCUUCAUAACACUUUUCGUGGCCUCUUUUCCACUGGCCCCUCUUCUUGCCCUCUUCAACAACAUCCUGGAGGUGCGAGUCGAUGCUUGGAAGUUUACUACACAGUUCAGAAGGCCAGUGGCAGCGAAGGCGCGCAACAUUGGAGCGUGGAAAGAGAUCCUUAAUGUGGUGGCCAUCUUGUCCGUGGUCACGAAUGCUUUCAUCGUGGCAUUCACCUCGGAUAUGAUUCCUCGCCUGGUCUAUCUGUAUGCCUACCACCCAGGCAGCGAGGCCACUAUGAGAGGUUAUAUCACCAACAGCCUCUCCUUUUACAACAUCUCUCAGAUCCCUGAAGAUAACCUACCUGAACAUGGAGAAAACCCAUCCUGGUUUAACAGCUCUACCAUCACAAGAUGCAGCUAUCGGGACUACAGAUACCCACCUGGGCAUGAAAAGCAAUACACACACACAAUGCAGUUCUGGCAUAUCUUGGCUGCUAAGCUAGCCUUCAUCAUCAUUAUGGAACAUGUUGUAUUUGUGGUGAAAUUCUUCGUGGCGUGGCUGAUUCCAGAUGUGCCGGUAGAGGUAAAGGCACAUAUAAAGCGUGAACGCUUUCUGGUUCAGGAAUACCUGCACAACUACGAAGUGGAGAAACUCAAGAUGCAGCUGAGCCAGAGUUUCUGCCUGUCCACAGAAACGGCCUCACUGCUGCCCUCUAGUCCGAGGAAACACCCAGGUGCUUUCUGAAUGUAUUUGAAUAUCCCUGAAUCCUCAGGACUACUCUAAUGUACUAUACACCGCAAAGCAUGGAGGAAUCGAAUCUUCUGAACCCCUUCAUACAUUUAUUGCAAAAAACUGUCUGCCAGAACUUUUAUAAAAAACUACACGCCUAACAGUCUUUUUUCUGCUUGAGUUUUAUGGGAAAACAUUCCCGCUUUCCUCUGUGUUUCUCUCAAAUGUCUGGAGUGCACUUGCAGAACUGCACUUCUACAAUGGCGAAAGGCUUGGAGACCGAUCACAGAGAUUUCAGCAGCAAACCAUCUAGAAUGCGGCCUGCUGCUCCUCAGGUUGCCUUGAGCAAGCUGCUGGGAAUUCAACUGAUGAAUAAUCAUUUAUGACCAUUAAAAGACUGAAAAUGUUUUACAAGGCAAUAAGCUUUUAUGUCCGUACGGCUUGUUGCCAUUAUAUAUUUUUUGAAGAAGUAAUCUGCAUGUUUUGCUCUAUGUCUGACUGUGAAAGAGGUACAUGUAGACAGUGAAUUGUCUUUUUUUUGUCUAUUUUUUGCUUUUCUUUUCUUUAGAUAUGUCACAUUUUCUUGUAGGCGUGUGAGGUUUAACAGUUAAUAUAUGUUGUUGUCCAGUGGAUUUUACCACUGUGGAUAUUUUCUUUAUGAAACACACUGAUAGCUGAAUAGCUAUCAAAGAAUAUCAUCAUCAUUUCUGUAGUGCUUGCAUUAUCAUGUUUCACAUAAUAUUUAUAUUUUAUUAUUGUUAUUUUUGAUUAAUGCUGUAUCUUGCCACCCACA